AUGGGCUUGGUGGCUAUCAAGACUUUGCCAGGUCCUUUGUACGAACCCGAACAGCCCCUUCCUGGGUUCGCCAAUAGCAAGUACGAGGGUGAAUACGACAGUGACGACUCUUUUGCUUCUCUUAGGAAGAAUGCUCCAGCUGGCUCAACAACGGGUAGGCGUAGGAGCCAUACACACCCCAACCCCAAGACAGGAGAAACACCCAGCCAUGGUAAAUCAUCCACGUCAAACUUGCUCCGCUCUAGAAGAAAUGACUCUAGCACCCGUGAUCCUGCCCCAGCCCAACCUCCCACUCAACGUAGUAGAAACGACACCUCGAUGAUUGAUCGCAAUUCUCCCGUGUCAGAGGGCGGAGGAAUAGCUCGCCAUAGCCAGAAGGACCGGCAGACGUGUGGCUCCCAUACGCAUAGUCGUAUAGGACGAGCACAAGUGCACCCGGCAAACAACCCCCACACAUCCGAAAGACAGCUUGUCGAAGGACUCCGAUCUCCCGAUGGAUGGCUUACGCGUGUCCCCAAGAGAAGCGCCUCGUCUAAUCUCAGCCCGAAGUCAAUUCGGGGCCAAGAGCCCGAGAAGAAGCGCAGACGGGACCAAAAAGCGCCGUCUCGCACUGAACUGAACAAGCAUGAAGUGACUCAGGGUUCUGACCGGGUGAAGUCGUCUCACGGAGACAACAUUCGGCCUCGGUCGGCCAUACUCGAACAUAUCAUCACCAUCGCAAACAAGUCAGGUGACACGCCUGUGGCUAACACUAGCGACGCAGAAACGCGAGUUGCAUAUGAGAAGCAAACUCCUGAAGCAUAUGCCGAAAGCGUGGAGGACCACGUCAAGAUUCUCCACCGAGAAAUGGGACCUAUGAAGAAGCAGAGAAUGAAAGGAUUGGCCACAUUGGGCACACAGAGGAAGAUGAAGAAAGAGCAUCACGAGGACGAUUCUUCAGCCCUUUCAGGCGCCACAGCCGCGAGCAUGCGAGCAAGCUUUCUUCCAAAGUUGUGA